AUGUCAAGGUCCGCUACGCCUGCGCUACCUUUUCAUAAUGGGCAGGCUUCUGGCUCAAUUCCUCCAUCAACAGCGCCCGCAGGGGGACGAUCCAAUGCUGCUCCUUCAGCAUCAACCUCCACGUAUUCACAGUUAGACCCCCAAGAGACCGCAGAUCGCUUACAGACCUCUCUCACUUAUGGACUCACCCCGGCGGAAGCGGAAAUACGAUAUAUACGAGAUGGUCCCAACGAACUACCUCACGAGGAACCAGAACCUCUAUGGCUUCGAUUCCUCAAGCAGUUCAAGGAAACGCUGAUCCUCCUUCUUCUUGUUUCCGCGGGGAUAUCUUUCUUCAUGGGAAACUUGGACGAUGCAGUUAGCAUUACUCUGGCCGUCACAAUAGUGGUUACAGUCGGCUUCAUUCAGGAAUAUCGAUCAGAGAAGUCUUUGGAAGCCCUGAACCGUCUAGUUCCGCAUCAUGCACACCUGAUACGCGAUGUUCCCUCGAAUUCUCCUCCGAUAAUUCACCCAACCGCGACAGUCCCAGAAGAUGAAGUUGAAAUGGGUGAUCUCCGCAGCCAGAGUCCGAGCUCAGCUCCAGUUUCCGCCGCCGUCAAAGCCUCUACCACAGUGCCAGCCGCUGAACUGGUGCCCGGAGAUUUGGUUUUGUUCACCGUUGGAGACCGCAUCCCAGCUGACAUACGGAUUACCGCUGCAACGGACUUGACCCUUGAUGAAUCGAAUUUAACAGGCGAAAACGAACCCGUUGCCAAGUAUCCGGACGCAAUUCGCAACCAGAAGAACCACUUGAGUGCGACACCCAAAAUCGUGAGUCCACCUCGAUCGCCAUUCUACGAUGCACCAGCUAGCGGUGCGGUUGGUGCGGAUAUACGUCUCAACGAGCAGCACAACAUCGCUUUCAUGGGGACACUGGUUCGGUCCGGAUACGGCCAGGGAAUUGUCAUUGGUACUGGUGCCAAAACAGAGUUUGGUAGUAUCUCAGCCUCGCUUCAAGAGAUCGAGAGUCCGCGCACGCCGUUACAAUUGUCCAUGGAUCGCCUAGGCCAGGAACUAAGUUACAUCUCGUUUGGCGUCAUUGGGUUAAUCGUCGUUGUAGGCUUGAUCCAAGGCCGAAAGCUUCUAGACAUGUUUACUAUCGGUGUGUCGCUUGCGGUUGCUGCUAUUCCGGAAGGUCUUCCAAUCAUCGUCACUGUUACCCUCGCCCUUGGUGUGCUCCGCAUGGCGUCGCGAGGAGCGAUAAUGCGACGACUCCCAAGUGUCGAAACCCUAGGUUCGGUGAAUGUCGUCUGCAGCGACAAAACCGGAACGCUCACACUUAACCACAUGACAGUCACCAAGAUGUGGCAUUUUGACUGUCCUGAGCCAUUCGAGGUGCACAACGACAUUGCGUCAUUGACCCCAGGGCCAGCAGCCCGCACUGUUCUACGCAUCGGCAAUAUUGCCAACAAUGCUCGUCUCUCACGAGUACAUGCAAACUCCCCUGCCAGCGCUUCGUCUGCUGCAGUGCUGUCUUCUACUGACGAUGACGCAUCAGGCUCGCUGAAGAGCCGGUGGGUCGGUCAACCCACCGAUGUUGCCGUCUUAGAUCUACUUGAUGCUUUGGGGGAAGACGAUGUGCGAGAUCGCAUUUGCGCUCGAGUUGCAGAGACUCCGUUCAGUUCCGAACGCAAAUGGAUGGGAGUGGUCAUUGGCAGUGGUGCGCCUGGUGAAUCAUCCCCUUCAACAGGAGGAACUAGCAUGGCCUACAUCAAAGGCGCCUUGGAGCAAGUGCUGGCGCGUUGUGAUACGUAUUUGACCAAAGAUGGCCAGGAGGUUAUAUUGGAUGAGCGUCGGCGCCAGAUUGUGCGGCAGGCCGCAGAACAAAUGGCAUCCGAAGGACUUAGAGUCUUGUCUUUUGCCAGCGGCGCAGUCAGGGAGGCUAGGGGGAGGUCGUUUGGAAGUAGAUCUGGUACCCCUGCUUCAAAGGUUAGCUCUGGCGACGAGGAUGAUCGCUACAGUGGCUUGGUAUUGGCGGGACUAGUCGGCAUGAAUGAUCCUCCCCGCAAGGAUGUCCACAAGGCAAUCCGCCGUCUCAUGGCCGGUGGCGUACGGGUCAUCAUGAUCACGGGCGAUGCCGAGACCACGGCUGUUGCCAUUGCCAAGAAGCUCGGAAUGCCUAUUGUCGAAACCCCUGGAGUGCAAAACGUCCUCAACGGGCAAGACAUUGACCGUAUGGGCACUGCUGAGUUGUCCCAGGCGUUAUCAUCAGUCUCGAUAUUCGCGCGCACGAGCCCCGACCAUAAGAUGAAGAUCGUACGUGCACUUCAGUCCCGCGGCGAUGUCGUCGCCAUGACAGGAGAUGGUGUGAACGACGCACCUGCUCUGAAAAAGGCCGAUAUAGGAAUCGCGAUGGGCAAGCUUGGCACGGACGUUGCCAAAGAAGCAGCCGACAUGAUUCUCACAGAUGACGACUUUUCGACCAUAUUGCGGGCUAUCGAACAAGGCAAGGGGAUAUUCUACAACAUCCAAAACUUUAUCACCUUCCAACUCAGUACCAGCGUUGCCGCCCUGAGUCUGGUUUUGCUGAGCACAAUUUUCGGAUUCAAGAACCCGCUCAACGCCAUGCAGAUUCUGUGGAUUAAUAUCCUCAUGGAUGGUCCUCCGGCGCAGUCCCUGGGCGUGGAGCCAGUGGACCCUUCGAUCAUGGGUCGACCUCCCCGCCCGAAGAGUGCCAGAGUGCUCACGAGACCGCUGAUCCAGCGGGUCCUCACGUCAGCGUUCAUGAUCAUGAUGGGCACUCUGGCCAUCUACAUCUAUGAGAUGGGCGACGAUGACGACGUGCUGACGGGAAAGCGCUCCCGGGUAGUGACAGCCCACGAUACGACCAUGACCUUCACGUGUUUUGUCCUGUUUGACAUGUUCAACGCACUGACGUGCCGUAGUGAAGGCAAAUCGGUCCUCCGGGGCGAGAUAUCUCUUUUCGGCAAUAAGAUGUUCAACUAUUCCGUGCUGGGUUCCCUUGCCGGGCAGGCUUGUGUCGUCUACCUUCCAUUCCUGCAGCGGGUGUUCCAGACGGAACCCCUGAACCUAGCACACUUGUUCAAGCUGGUGUGCAUCGCAAGCACGGUGUUUUGGGUUGACGAGGGGCGGAAAUACUACCAGUUCCUGCAGCGGCGACGUGGAGUCGGGGUUGGAUAUAGCGCGAAUGUGUAA